ACAAUUUGAAGCGAAUGCGUUUAUCGAAAACUCGCGUAAAUAAACCAAAACGUUUUGGUUUUUUAAGUUAACAAAAUUUACCUAAAUUGAAUGCCAACAAAUAUUUAAAAAUGGAAGAUGUACAAAAGCAUAGCGUGCAUACGCUUAUCUUUCGCUCUCUUAAACGUACACAUGAUUUGUUUGUCUCAAAUCAGGGAAAUUUACCAGAAAUCGACGACCGGCUGGAAAAGCUGCGACGUGCUAUAAAGGCCCGAGAUAGCUAUGGUUUUGUAUCAGAUUUGCCUGGGCGAAGCAAGGAAGACAGAAAACCCGCUGCAGACACGGACAAGCCAUUAGCCAUUACUGAUGGUAGUGAAACAAACGGACGAGGUGAACGAGGCAAUGCUGAGCUAAGAGAUAAAGCAAUUGCAAUACCAACAAAUCUUUCCAAUCCAUCCUCAACUCAAUCCACAUCGUUAGUGCGUUCUUCGUUGCCCAAUAAUGGUGGGACAGGUGGGGGUGGUACUAAUCUACCAUUGAUACCCAAAAAGGCGCCAACUAUACCCAAGCCCAAAUGGCAUGCACCGUGGAAGCUCUCCCGCGUUAUAUCCGGUCAUUUGGGUUGGGUACGUUGCAUUGCCGUGGAGCCGGGCAACGAAUGGUUUGCCACUGGUGCCGGAGAUCGAGUAAUUAAAAUCUGGGACCUGGCCAGCGGCAAACUGAAGCUUUCGCUUACCGGUCACGUCAGCACCGUACGGGGUGUCGCCGUAAGUGCCAAACAUCCGUAUCUCUUCAGUUGUGGCGAAGAUCGACAAGUCAAGUGUUGGGAUCUAGAGUACAAUAAGGUUAUUCGACAUUAUCACGGUCAUCUGUCGGCUGUAUACUCGCUGGCCCUACAUCCCACCAUCGAUGUUUUGGCCACAUCGGGGCGAGACUCAACGGCUCGUAUUUGGGACAUGCGGACAAAGGCCAAUGUGCAUACACUGACGGGACACACCAAUACAGUGGCCAGUGUGGUGGCCCAGUCCACGAACCCGCAAAUUAUAACUGGCUCUCAUGACUCUACAGUACGACUAUGGGAUUUAGCUGCCGGUAAAAGCGUUUGCACACUGACCAAUCACAAAAAAUCAGUGCGUAGCAUCGUCCUCCAUCCCACGCUCUAUAUGUUUGCUUCCGCCUCACCGGAUAACAUAAAGCAAUGGCGUUGUCCCGAAGGCAACUUUGUGCAAAAUAUUUCUGGCCACACGGCAAUCGUCAAUUGCAUGGCGGCGAAUAGUGAAGGUGUCCUAGUAUCUGGCGGUGACAACGGCACCAUGUUCUUCUGGGAUUGGCGCACCGGGUAUAACUUCCAACGCUUUCAAGCUCCCGUUCAGCCAGGUUCUAUGGAUAGCGAGGCGGGCAUCUUUGCCAUGUGUUUUGAUCAAUCGGGCACAAGGCUGAUCACUGCCGAAGCGGAUAAGACUAUUAAAGUGUACAAAGAGGACUACGAGGCCAGCGAAGAAACGCAUCCAGUAAAUUGGCGGCCGGAACUUCUCAAACGUCGCAAAUUCUAGAUGAUAAAUGUUUUACUAAGAACACAACAACUAAAAUACGAAAAAUAAAAACAAAUUUCAACAAUUAGAAAU